AUGGGCAAAGUCGUCCAGCACCAACAAAGCGCAAGCGAGUCGCCUGCAGGGAAUGCCGCCAAGGAAAGUUACGGUGCGAGAGCUCAAGUCUCCAGCAAACACAAUAAACGCGUGAAGCUGCGAGAACUCACGGAAGAAGUCGAACGACUACGAGCAGCACGACCUCAGAUUAUACACGAAUCCCCGCCAGUACUUGACGAUUCCUGCUCACCGCUGGACUGUGAAGGAGCAAUUGGCCCUGUGCCAAACUCCUGUGAAUCUCGUACUGGUCCGGUGGCCUCGGUCUCCCCACCUGUCUUGAGGGACUCACAAUCUCACGAACCUCGCGUUCUGGCUCAAGUGAAAUUGCUCCCAGCUGUCAAGCCGCAGACACUCGGAAAUGUGACGGUCUCGCCUGGUCAGAUAGACAGGUUUUUUCAGAUAUUCUUUUCCCAAUAUAAUCCAUUUAUGCCCGUCGUUGAGGCAGACGGCUCACCUGACGAUUAUUAUGCAAAUUCUCCGUUGCUUUUCUGGGCCAUCAUUGCCAUCGCUUCCAGAAGAGAUGAAGAGGAACCCACCAUGCUCACUAGCCUUUCACAAGCUGUGCAAGGCCUGCUGUGGCAGACGGUUCCCAAAGUUCCGCAUUCUCGCCUCGAACUGAAGGCCAUGAUCUUGAUCUGCCUCUGGCCAUUCCCAACCUCUUCCAUGACCACCGAUUCUUCCUUCAUAUUGGCAUCCGUUGCAAAGACUAGCGCAAUGCACAUUGGACUACACAAACCGUAUUUCGUGCAAGACUUUUCACGAGUUAAGUGUCGGUUCAGUGCCGAAGAAUUGAGGGACGCCCUUCUCGUGUGGUCAGGAUGCUUCAUAGCGGCUGAAAACAUAACGACCUACAUUGGCCAGUUUCCUUUAUUUGUCACUGAUGCCACACUCGACAUGAUAUGCACUUCCGACAACCACGGUGAUCUCCCUGUAGAGAUUUAUCAUAUGGUUCUGAUAACACGAUUUUGCAAUCGCUUCCACAGAGUUAUGGCGAGCCGAGAAAGACGAAUGGUCAGUCUUGGAGAGAAUGAUAGCGGAGUACUGCUCCCUCUAUACGAGUCCGAAUUGAAAGAUCUCCGAUGUGUGCUUGGACCGGAAUUAUCGAAGACGAACGAAAUCGUAUUUCUCUACGCCACACUUCAGCUCCGGAGUUACUAUUUCCUAGAACGCACUCACCAAGCAGGACAGAAAGAACAUAUUCUUAAAGCAUAUCGGGCGGCGCUCAAUCUCAUUUGGAAAUGUCAGGAGAGAGAAGGGCAUUGUAGGCUGUUGACCUGUGGUCCGAUGAUAUUCACCCGUGCUCUUUCUGAUGCCUGUAAUAUUGCCCUGAAAGUCCUUCGAGGUGGCUACUAUUCGCAGUUUGUUGAUGUGGACGAGGGACGCAAAGCAUUCAAUCUUGGGGUGAGCCUGGUUCGGAAGUGCUCUAUUGAAGACAACGAUCUACCAGGAAGAUAUUCAAAGAUGCUUGCACAACUUUGGGGGACCACAACGGAACCCGCUGAUCUACAACCGGGGCUCAAGGUGAGAAGUCGCUUAGGCGCUAGUCUGCUUCAUGAUACCCUUUGGAGAUGGAGAGAAAAGUUUGGAGGGCAGUCUUCCAGCAGACCCGCCACAUCCUCACAAAACCAGAGCCAGGGCCCUUCUUCGCCUGUCUCAUUUGACAUAAAUGCUGGUGGCAACACAGAUGCCACCUGCGCUCAAAGAACCGAGGGACAACCCCUUAACCCGAAUGUUUCCAUUGCUCAGACUGAUGCACCUCAAAAAGGCACCAAGGCCCCGAUUUUAUCACGCUCCACAUCAGCAUGGCUGGAAGAGUUUGGAGAGAUGGAUAUGGGCUUAGUUGAUGAGAAUAAUAACGAGUGGUUUUGGGACGAAGGAGGACUCUCAACUUUGAUUGCUACAAACUUGGACGGCAUGGAACUGCACUCGGAUUACAGCGGCAACAGCAACGAGAACAAUAGCCUUCCGACCAACAACAGCCCCUUGUUCUGUGCAAAGAUUUGA